CUAAGAGAAGAAUUUACAGGAGGCAUUGGCAGGAGGGAGGUCUAACCUUGGCGACUGCAAAGAUCUUAAAUCUCGGAGAUGGAGACAAUGAUAGGAACAAGGACUCUCAGACCCUACAUCCUCAAUAAUAUCAUACUUUGCUCUCCCUCAGCCCUCAAAACUCUUUUUCCCAAUUGAUCACCUUAUCUUCAACAAAUAAUUUAUCAUUUUUCUCUCAAAAAUUUCUCCUUUAACAUCUGAAGAAGAAAUAGUUAG